CGGAGGUCGAGGCGCCGCUGCCCGGACAGGAUGCGUUUCGCCAGAGGCAACUCCAGCGGGGACAACGCCACUCGGGAAGGCGGGGGUCCGCCGAGGGACGGGCGCGACGAGGAGCUGGCCAAGGCGGAGGUCGCUGUGCUAGCCGUGAUUUUCGUGGUGGCCGUGCUGGGGAACAGUAGCGUGCUGCUGGCGCUGCACCGCACGCCCCGCAAGACGUCCCGCAUGCACCUCUUCAUUCGCCACCUGAGCCUGGCCGACCUGGCUGUGGCUUUCUUCCAGGUGCUGCCGCAGAUGUGCUGGGAAAUCACCCACCGGUUCCGGGGACCCGACGGGCUGUGCCGCGUGGUGAAGCACCUGCAGGUGUUCGUCAUGUUCGUGUCGGCGUACAUGCUGGUGGUCAUGACCGCGGACCGCUACAUCGCCGUGUGCCACCCGCUGAAGACGCUGCAGCAGCCCGCGCGCCGCUCGCGCCUCAUGAUCGCCGCCGCCUGGGCGCUGAGCUUCGUGCUGAGCACGCCGCAGUACUUCGUCUUCUCCGUGGUCGAGGUGGACAACGUCACCAAGGUCUGCGACUGCUGGGCCAGCUUCAUCCAGCCCUGGGGUCCCCGCGCCUAUGUGACCUGGAUGACCAGCGGCAUCUUCGUGGUGCCGGUGAUCAUCCUGAGCACCUGUUACGGCUUCAUCUGCUACCACAUCUGGCGCAACGUCCGCGGGAAGACGGUGCCCCGCGAGGGCAAGGGCGCCCAGGGCACUGGCGGCGCCUUCCACAACGGGCUCCUGCUCGAGCCCUGUGUCAGCAGCGUGAAGAUCAUCUCGCGCGCCAAGAUCCGCACGGUGAAGAUGACCUUCGUGAUCGUGACGGCUUACAUCGUUUGCUGGACGCCCUUCUUCGUCGUCCAGAUGUGGUCCGUCUGGGAUGAGAAGUUGCCCUGGGCCGAUUCGGAAAACCCAGCCAUCACCAUCCCUGCAUUGCUGGCUUCCUUGAAUAGUUGCUGCAACCCCUGGAUAUACAUGUUUUUUAGUGGCCAUCUCCUGCAAGACUGUGUCCAAAGCUUCCUGUGCUGCCACAACAUGAAGCAAGCAUUCAACAAAGAAGAUUCUGACAGUAUGAGCAGAAGACAGACUUCUUACACUAUCAACCGGAGCCCGACAAACAGUGUGGGUGCUUGGAAGGACUCACCUAAAUCUUCCAAGUUCAUAAAAUUUAUUCCUGUUUCAACCUGAGCCCCUCAUUCAUGCAACUGACUCUUGGGACAGACUUUCUUGCCCAUUGGCUGAAUCCGGCUCACAAUCUUGAGAACAAAUGAACUAUAUCAAAUAAGCAUAUGUCAAUUUGUUGGGUAUAAGACUGUGUUUCUGGUUGCAUUUUCAUAUUGCUAUGACCAAAUGCUAUGAAUUGGUUUAUACAGAAUGAUAAUAAAAACAUGCUACACUAAAAUGGUCAGGCCUAAUUCCCAGAAUAUAACAAGUUCCUGAAGGAAAUAUCACAGAUGUUUCUAAAGGAAAAAUCUUGACCAUCCUGACGUUAUAUUUUAUUGUUGGUUUCUUCUCUUUUUACUUCUGAUAUAACUAAGGUUUGAUUGGUUUAGAAGUCAUAUAAUGUAGGGGCCUUAUUUCUGAACAAAGUGAGCUCACCAUCCAUCAGCGUUAGAGUUGGAAACAAAUCAGAAAAGACAUCAAAGAAAUUGUUUCCAUUCAAUAAAAUCAAUUUAUACAUCAGAAAAUGCGGCCUCAACCAGUGGCCUAGAGAUGGGAUGGCGCCUUGGAGAAGCAUGAGCAGGGGCGUGUCUGGUUCAGAGUGGAAAGAAGAAAGUUUUAUUAGAAGCUAUAAAUCACCUAAAAUUCCAAAACAGGAAGUUUAGAACUGUCAGUUCCCUCCUUUUGGUUCCUCGGUGCUUUAUUGGUUGUGAAAUGCCAAUGGACUAAGAUGCAGAAGGUUAGAAAAACGUGUCAACUCACUGAUAAUACUUUUCUUCUCCUGCAAGGUUGUUCUAAAUUCACAGUUGUAUCAGGAAUACUCAGUUUUAUUAGAAAAGUAGAAGCGGAUUGCCCAGGGUACUAUGCAGACUUUCUCUAGAACAGUGUAAACAUGUUUUGACCAGUGUCAAACUAUAACACUGCCAUUGGUCAAUACCCUUUUACAAAACGGUUUGCUAGAUAUUAACAUGAUCAUUGCUUUACAGUUGGGGAUUCCAGACUCAUAGAUAAGAAAGUCUGCUAAAGAGUGACUCGAGACAUAUAAUGUCCCCUAGCAUUUAAUUAAAAAUAACUUGGUUUUUCCUUCCCAUCUCCCACCCUUUUAACAGUGUGGAUAGAAGAAAGGCAGGGUUUCUACCAGGAUGCAGAGGGAGAUAGAAAAAAUAAAAAAAACUGCUCUGUACCUCCUCUGGUUUUCUUCAUUGUUAAAUGCAUGACUUUAGGCAAAGUCUUUAAAAAUACAUAAAGCCUCUAUGUCCUUGGCUAUACAAUGGAGUUGAUAACUCUCCUCACAGAGCCACUGUGAGGACUAAAUGAAAUAAGUGUGUAAAAGAUCUUCAUAAAUAAACUGCCAAGUGCUAUACAAA